AGCUGAUAUACUCCAACUGUCAAUUUCCUUCGCCAUCCUCAUGGAUCCGGCUGCUCAGGCUGCGGCUGAAGCCACCGAAGAGGCGGGCCGCCAAUCCACGAUCGAGACAUGGACGCUGUAUGGGAUCGGCGUUGUCGUGACCAUCCUGAGAACUUACGCUAGAGCGAACGCCGUGGGCUUUCGGGAUCUCCGGGCUGACGAUUAUCUCGUGUGGGUUGCUAUCCUGUUCUACACCGUUCAAUCUACUUUGGCAUACAGCGUUGGCAGCGUCGCCCAUGGCCUUGCUAAUAACGGCAUGCCUGAUAAGAAACGGGCAGCUUUGUCUCCCAACGAUACAGAGUAUGAGUUGAGAAUCAUCGGCUCGAAGAUCCAAGUUGCCGGAUGGGCGACCUACUCUGCACUCAUCUGGCUUCUAAAGCUGGCGAUGUUGGUCUUCUACCUACGCCUUACUCAAGGUUUGGGCCGGCGGUACCGCAUCCGCAUAUGGAUUGGCUUCGGCCUCGUUCUUGCAACCUUCCUCGGCUCUAUCUGUGCCAUUUUUCUAGCUUGUAUCCCAUUCCACAAGUACUGGCAGAUCAGUCCAGAUCCUGGAAAUUCCUGCCAGGCCGCUGUCUCGUUGCCCAUCGUCUGGACGUCCUUUGCCGCAAACGUCUCCACCGACAUCUACUUGAUAUUGAUCCCCAUUCCUCUGUUAUGGGAGUCAACUCUACGCCUGGCCAAGAAGAUUGCGUCGACUAUCGUGCUAGGGGCCGGUAUCUUCGUCUUGAUCUGUGCGACUCUGAAGAGCGUUUUUGUUCUUGUGGACCCUGUCAACGGCGCUGAACUUGCGGGAAAAUGGGGGACACGCGAGACCUUCGUUGCGGUAGUCACCACGAACCUUCCCAUGAUUUUCCCGCUCGUCAGAACGUGGAUGAAUUCCCUCUGGCCGAGUAUCUUACACUACUCCAAGAGGUCUAAGAAGUCCUAUAAGACAUCGACUGGCCUCCGAACCAUCGGUGGCGGAAGCGGGGACUCCCGAAGUCAAGAUCGUCGGACUGGCAACUCGCGGGCCCACACUGUUUCCUCCAACCCGAUCUUCACUGAAAGCGAAGAGCACAUCAUUAUGAAUUACAGGUUUAAAAAACUCAAAGGGCCUCUUUCCGCACUUCAUAGGGAACAGGCGUCGAAAGGGAUAGUAGUAUCUAACGAGUUCGGGGUAGUCACCGAGGAUAGAAUGUGUCAUAUAGGUCCAAAGAGCCCUGAGCGUGUGUAUGAAGCUUGGUAG